UCUCAAUUCUCAUUCUCUUUCAGUAGUCUUUAUCUCUAUAUUCUCUUCUAGCUCUGUUCUUCUCGAAACUGUUAAACUUUCAUCCUGGCUAUGCAAGUUUGAGUCUUUUGCCUUUUUUCCAUAUUUCCCCCCCUGUUUUUAAAAGUAGAUUAUUACUCGUUUGGAGAAGAAACCCAGAAGUAUGUUUCUUUAUUUAAACACACUGUGAUUUUUUGCUGUGAGAGUAAUUAGUAGCACAGAAUCUGGGAAGCCAAGGAGUUGAGUGAUUAGGAUCUGACAUUACUGGGGGCUGUUUUUACUGGCUGAAUUGGAUUGAAGAAUCAUGUCACAGACCAACUGGGAAGCUGAUAAAAUGUUAGAUGUGUAUAUAUAUGAUUACUUAGUGAAGAGAGAUUUAAAAGCUACAGCUCAGGCUUUUCAAGCUGAAGGGAAAGUCUCGUCCGACCCUGUUGCGAUCGAUGCACCUGGCGGGUUUUUAUUCGAGUGGUGGUCAGUUUUUUGGGAUAUUUUUAUUGCAAGGACCAAUGACAAGCACUCUGAUGUUGCUGCGUCCUAUAUUGAGACUCAACUGAUGAAAGCAAGGGAGCAACAACAACAACAACAACCACAGCAACAACAAUCACAACAACAUCAACAACCGCAACAACAGCAACAACAAAUACAAAUGCAACAACUUUUAUUGCAAAGACAAGCUCAACAACAGCAACAACAACAGCAGCAUCAACAGCAAACACAAUCACAACAGCAGCAGCAACAAAGGAGAGACGGAAACCAUAUGUUGAAUGGAACACCAAACGGAAUGGGAGGAAAUGACCCUCUUGUGAGACAAAGUCCGGGUGCAAAUGCAUUGGCUACAAAAAUGUACGAGGAAGGAUUGAAAGUUCCUGGGCAGAGGGAUCCUAUGGAUGAUGCCCCCACGAAGCAAAGGUUUGCUGAGAAUUCUAGCCAGCUGUUGGAUCCGGCUCAUGCUUCCAUUCUGAAAUCUGCUACUGCUGCAGCUGGCCAGCCCUCGGGUCAAGUGCUGCAUGGUGCAGCUGGUAGCAUGUCUCCACUAGUUCAGGCUCCGAGCCAGCAACUUCCAGGGUCUGCACAGGACAUAAAGCCUGAAAUCAACCCAAUGAUGAACCCGCGAGCUGCUGGUCCAGAAGGAUCAUUGGUGGGGAUUCCGGGUUCAAAUCAUGGUGGCAACAAUUUGACUUUGAAGGGAUGGCCCUUGACGGGUUUGCAGAGUUUUGAUCAGCUUCAGCUUCGUUCUGGAAUUCUCCAGCAUCAGAAGUCUUAUAUGCAGGGCCCACAGCCUUCCUUUCAUCAACUACAAAUGCUGUCACCACAGCAUCAGCAUCAGCUGUUACUCGCUCAGCAAAAUUUAACGUCAUCCUCUGCGGGUAGUGAUGCAGAGAGCAGAAGGCUGAGAACGAUCUUCAAUAACCGGAACAUGCCUAUGGGGAAGGAUGGUCUCUCAAAUCUGGUUGGUGAUGUUCCAAAUAUGGGCCCAGUUCAGAAUAUGGGAUCACCUUUGCAGGUUGGUUGCUCUGUUUUGCCUCGUGGUGGAGAUUCGGAUAUGUUAAUGAGGGUACUCAUUCCUUCUUACUUCCUCUGCCCUUUGCAGCAGCAACAUCCACAAAAUGCACAGCAGCAACUCCAGCAGCAUUCACUUUGUAGUCAGCAACCACAAAGUUCAAACCCCAGUCUUCAGCAAGAUAAAAUUAUGGGAUCCGGAGGUGUUACUGGGGAUGGCAGCAAUUCAAAUUCUUUUCGGGCAAAUGAACAGGUUCCAAAAAACCAGAAUGGGAGAAAAAGGAAACAAACAGUCUCAUCUUCUGGACCUGCAAAUAGCUCUGGGACUGCAAACACAGCUGGGCCUUCCCCUAGUUCAGCCCCAUCCACACCGUCCACUCACACUGCUGGAGAUGCAAUGUCAGUUCCUCCAAUGCAACAUAGUGGCAAUUCUUCAAAGCCAUCAAUGAUGUUUGGAACCGAUAACAAUGGUGCUCUUACCUCACCUUCUAAUCAGUUGUGGGAUGGAAAAGAUGUUGUGCAGGCCGAUAUGGAUCGUUUUGUGGAUGAUGGUUCUCUUGAUGAUAAUGUUGAAUCUUUUUUAUCUCCCGAUGAUGCUGACCCAAGAGACACAGUUGGCCGUGGUAUGGAUGUCAGUAAAGGGUUCACGUUUACCGAAGUAAACUCGGUUCGUGCAAGUGUGAGCAAAGUUGUCUGCUGCCACUUCUCGUCAGAUGGAAAACUGCUAGUGAGCGGUGGCCAUGAUAAAAAGGCUGUUUUGUGGCAUACUGACACCUUAAAGCCAAAAACAACACUUGAAGAGCACUCCUCACUCAUAACUGAUGUUCGCUUCAGUCCAAGCAUGGCCCGCCUUGCAACUUCUUCUUUUGACAGGACUGUUAGAGUUUGGGGUGCUGACAAUCCUGGAUACUCGCUUAGGAAUUUUACGGGGCAUUCUGCUAGUGUGAUGUCACUUGAUUUCCAUCCCAAUAAAGAAGAUCUGAUUUGUUCCUGUGAUGGGGAUGGUGAGAUCAGGUAUUGGAGCAUCAACAAUGGCAGCUGCACGCGAGCAAUCAAGGGAGGGACCGCACAGGUGAGAUUUCAGCCUCGUCUCGGCAGGUUUCUUGCAGCGGCUGCUGAGAAUGUCGUGUCCAUUCUUGACGUGGAAACGCAAACAUGCAGGCAGACAUUAAAGGGUCAUACAAAACCUAUUCACUCUGUGUGUUGGGACCCAUCAGGGGAUCUCCUUGCUUCAGUUAGUGAGGACUCUGUCCGAGUGUGGAUGCUAGGUUCGGGAAACGAAGGGAAUUGUGUGCAUGAACUCAGCUCAAACGGCAACAAGUUUCACUCUUGCGUUUUUCAUCCUUCCUACUCAUCAUUGCUUGUUAUUGGCUGUUAUCAGUCUCUGGAGCUAUGGAACAUGACGGAGAACAAAACGAUGACACUCCCAGCACACGAAGGAUUAAUCGCUUCGUUGGCUGUAUCCACAGCGGCGGGUCUGGUCGCUUCAGCCAGCCAUGACAAGAUCAUUAAGCUUUGGAAGUAAACAAAAAAAUAUGCAGGGGGCAUUUCCGUCUUUUGCUUUUGUUCUUUGACCCACUUGUUGUAUCUUCACCCACAAACUAUAUUUAUUAGACAGUGUUUUCAUCUUUGAUCUGUAUGUCUUGUGUUUACUGUUAGAUUUGUUUUUGUUUUUUCAGUGUAACUUGAUCACUUCUGUACUCGGACCAAAACAAAAAAUUAAUUUCAUCUGUGAUAUUUGAAAACUAUGUAGUAUUGGUGUAACAUGUUCACUGUAUGAUU